AUAGAAUACAUGUCUUCGACUUGAUUCUAUAACAGAUCAAAACAAUAACCACUUGGCGCCAAGAAAACACGAUUUGUGCCAGCACAUCGCUCGAGGACUGUUGAUCCAGUGUUCUUUGCUCAGAACCAUAUUAUAUCAAGACUGCCUCCCGCCCACACGUACUCCGAACGAAUCUCCUGCUACCAGAUCAGUCCGAUCGAGAGCUGUCUACAACCAUUCUCCUUGGCGCACAAGCGUUCUGAUCAAACAUGUCUGAUCAACUCAGCAAAACCGACAGUCAAACGCCGCUUAUAAAGCACGAAACCUCCGAGUCUAAGCCAACAUCCACGCCGAAGAAAAGGUCACUCUAUCAACGCAUGCAAGACCGAAACCGAGUUGAGAUUUCCGAGGAGGAAUUGCAAAAGUACACGGGGAUGAGCAAGGCGGGUCUGCAGGAUUGGGCCAAGGACCGCCCGGGGGUUGGAGCAAAAACACCCGCUAACACGGGGAAGAAGUUCGAGUCUUGGGAAUCUAUGCGUGUUACUACAGGGAUUAUGUGA